UCCGGGUCCAUGGCGGAAAAUAUGAAAGGAUUAUGUGUACAUUAUCACAGUCUCGUGUUUUACGACUGAUUCAAAUAGGAAAUUUGUAAUGGACAAACGGAAAUCGUUCGUUGCAGUCCAUGCAGGUGCUGGAUAUCAUUCAACGAGCAAAGAAACUGAGUACAGAUCUGUGUGUAAGGAUGCAUGCAAACAGGCAAUGGAGAUACUUCGCAAUGAAGGGACCUCACUGGCAGCAGUAACCAAGGCUGUGUCGGUGUUAGAGGACUCUCCACUGACCAAUGCAGGCCUUGGGUCAAACCUGACCCAAGAUGGGAUCGUUGAAUGUGAUGCCAGUGUCAUGGAUGGACUCACUCUCACAUCAGGUGCUGUUGGAUGUAUCACAGAUGUGCAGAAUCCAGUGCUGGUUGCCAAGCAACUUGUCCAGAAGCAGGUACAGGGAGGUCUCUCUCUUGGCCGCAUACCCCCAAGCAUCCUUGUAGGUCCUGGAGCCCGGCAGUGGGCCGAAGAACAGGGCAUCACUCUGACAGCCGAGGGCGGACUUGUGACAGAGAGCUCACGAAGAACAUACCUGAAGUACAAGAGAAAGCUGGACCACCAGACUGCUUUGAUGGAGAAGAGACAGACAGCAGACGACACUGUUCACAAAAAGAUGAAGACAGGAAAGGAUGAUCUUGAGUGUGGCGAGAGCAGUGGUGUCCAGGAUACAGUGGGCUGUGUAUGUGUAGAUGGAGAUGGCAACAUGGCAGCCGCCUGCUCCAGUGGAGGGAUCUGGAUGAAGCACAGAGGAAGGAUGGGCCCGGCAGCUCAUUAUGGUGUUGGAUCCUGGGCUCACAAUGGCUGCUGUGAUGGGAAACCAGGUGUCGCUGUUGUCUCCUCAGGCGGUGGUGAACAUCUCAUCAAGACCUUCCUGGCCAAGACGUGUGCUGACAGUGUGCAGAAGGAACCUAAUGCCAGUCUAGCAGUCAGUUCCACAUUCAAGGACAACUUUCUAGAGUCGGAGUUCCUGUCUGGCGUGGAGGACAAACAUGGUGGUGUGCUGGUGUUGAAGCAUCUCAUGGAGGAUGACGGUUUCAGAGAAGCUGAAGUUCUGUGGGCUCAUACCACUGACAGCAUGUGCAUAGGCUAUAUGCUGGAGACACACUCCAAACCAACGACUUUUGUAUCUCGACUUCCUGAAUCAUCACUACCUGGAAAGUCUUUUGCAAUGGAGGGAAGAAUUUUAAACUUUGACCAAUCCAGCUGA